AAAAAAGGAAGGCCGGAUCAACAACAAUAAUUAUAUAACUAAAAGAUAUCAAUUACAUAGAUACAUGCCAACAUUAAAUAUUACAGAUUAUUUUCUUUCCUUUAUUUUGUUAUUUGUUUAAGGCAAUUAGGUUAGAAUAGCUUGUGAGAUACACAUAUAACAAAAAAAAAGUUUCUUUUGUCGGUUCCUCUGUAUAACAUUCUCUCCCCUAUAAAACAUGUUUAUUCUUUUAACUUAACGCAUAAAAACAAUUCCUGAACUGUACUUGUCUGUGCCAUGGGAGAGCCGAAGACAACUAGUUGGGAAACUUUGGCGACCGCCACACAAGUUCCUGCUCCUCCUGACCUCUCUCAUUUUAAGAAGCGUUUAUCUGCAAGCAAGGUACAUCGCAGGCAACACAUAAAAGAAGAAAAGAAAGAUGUUCAGAACAACUCACUCAACGAGGAGGAAGGACCUCGCAGGCAACUGAGAGAAAAAGAAGAGAAAGAUGAGAGAACUGUACUUGUCUGUGCCAUGGGAGAGCCGAAGACAACUACUUGGGAAACUUUGGCGACCGACACACAAGUUCCUACUCCUCCUGACCUAUCUCAUUUUAAGAAGCGUUUAUCUGCAAACAAGGUACAUCGCAGGCAACACAUAAAAGAAGAAAAGAAAGAUGUUCAGAACAACUCACUCAACGAGGAGGAAGGACCUCGCAGGCAACUGAGAGAAAAAGAAGAGAAAGAUGUUCAGAACAACUCACGCAACCAAGAGGAAAGACCUCGUGUCAUCCAAGUGGUAAUUACAGAUCAUAUAAUAGAAGGCUUGCUUCUCGAGCGUCUUCCUGAGAAGUCCCUAUGUAGAUUCAAAUCUGUGUCGAAACAAUGGAAAUCAACGAUCGAGUCAAGCUAUCUCGCCAAGAAACGUCUUGCUCGAUAUCCAAAUCCGAGACUCCUUGUUCUUCGAUUGGAAAUGUCUACUGAUCGCUGUUCAAGAACCAUAUUUCUGGAGAAUAUUUCAAAAGAUCAUCACGAUCACAACAAAAUCAUCAUUUAUACUCACCGGUUCCCACAUCCAGUUCCAACUAAUUAUGGCAAUGAGAAUAUUGGUAGGAUAAUGGGGUAUUGCAACGGUUUUGUCUGCAUCUACGAUUCGGGGUACAUUUAUCUGCUCAACCCCGCAACAAGAAGACUCCGGAUCCUGUCUCCUACGGUUUUACUAGAGUAUACCGGCCGGUCAGGUUGGUCUCGUGAGUUGCCAAUUAGUGUGGGAUUUGGAAGAGAUAUAACUACAGGAGCAUACAAAGUAAUCUUGAUGUAUUUAUUUGAUCGUAUUUUUGUCAAGGCCGAAGUCUUUAACCUCAACAACGGGGAACGAGGAUACACUUUUUUCCCCCCUUUCUAUCAUGAACUUAGCAACGAUAAAUUAUCAGUGUUUGCAAAUGGAUCGCUUUUUUGGCUGUCAUGGCUGGAAACGUCAGCUUUCAUGUGCCGGAAGAAACUUCCAAAGCUUGGUGCCAUAGAUCUUCACACUGAAAAAUUUCGUGAUGUGUUACUACCGUGUUGGUACACCGAACACUCGGAAAGUGUCUACUUAUGGAGCCUAAGAGAACGUUUAUGCCUAUCUGAUGUGCUACAAUAUCCGAAUAUGUACGUUUGGUGUUUGCAGCAAGAAGAUCCGAGUGUGAAGUGGGAAAAGAUCCUUUCUGUUAACAUGUCAAGUUUGGAUUGUUUAGAUCCAAAUUAUUGGAAGCUUGGUCUUGCUGCUUGUGAUCUUAGGCGUACAAGAAAUGAGCCACAUGACAACUUUUUGGAGCAUGUCAGAAAAGAACACCGUAGAACCGUGUUGUAUACGGAGAACUUGUUUUCUUCGCUCUAGUUUCAUGCUAUAUGUUUCAAGCAUAGAACAAGAAUAAUCAAACUAGUUUUUUUUUUCCUUUAA